AUGGCAUGUUCAAAAUUUUUUUCAGGAAAUUUGCCUGAAUUAUUAGACGAAGUCAUACAAUUUUUUCAUUAUGACUAUAGAACAUUACAUUCAUGCAUAUUAGUUAAUAGAUUAUGGUGUCGUUUAGCAAUUCCAUUAUUAUGGGAAGAUCCAUUUUCAAUUAAAUUCCCUAAAAAUUAUCGUUUUAUUGAAAUUUAUUUACAUAAUUUAAGUGAUGAUGAUAAAACAAGAUUAAAUGAAUAUAUAUUCAAUAAUGGUUUAUUUCCUUCAAAUACUUUAUUUAAUUAUCCUAAAUUUAUUCAACGUUUAGAUACACGUAAUGUUUAUAAUUCUAUUGAAAGUUGGGCAAUUACAAUUGAAGAGAAACAUCCCAGCUAUUCACCUCCACAAAUAUCAAAGUUUACAAAACUUAUUUUUAGGUCAUUAUUUCUAAUAUUCAUUGAUAAUGAAGUAAAUUUGCAUAGUUUUAAAGUUAUAGUUAACUAUGAAGAAUUUGAAUGUUUUGAUGCGGCUUUUGAAUUAAUUUUACAAAAUCCGAAUUUCGUUCAUAAUAUUAAAGAUUUAACACUUGAUUUUGAUGAAAUAACUGAUAAUGUAAGAAAAUUUAUAGGAUUUCUCAGCUCAAAUUGCAAUUUGAUUUCAUCAUUUUAUUUUCUAUUUUCAUUUACAUGUCGUGAUUAUCCAAUAAUUGAAGAAAAUUUAUCACAAAUGAUUAAGUUUCAAGAAAACCUUAAAAAGAUUUCAUUUUGUUAUAAUAUUCCCCCUUUAUAUCCACUAUUAUCAUUAAAAAAUCCUAAUUGUUCAAGCACAUUAAAUACAAUUAUAUUUUAUUAUACUAGCUUUGAAAAUAUAGAUGUUUUAAGUGAAGUAUUUAAUCAAUUGGAUGUUUUAGAAUCAAUUCAUAUUGUUUAUUGUUAUUUUCUAGAUUCUAAAUUUAUUCGACAAAUUAAUAAUAUUACCAAACCAUUUAAAUUAAAAUCUUUAUUUUUGAAACAAAUGGAUGAAUUAUUAUUAGAACCGUUAAUACAAAGAUCUGGCAAUUAUUUAGAAAAUUUUGGAAUUAUCAACUGUGAAUUUCAACAAUUAAUACAAUCACUUAAAUUAUAUUGUAAUAAUAUUAAAUUGUUGUAUUUAUCCAUUGGGAAAAAUAAUCAGAAUAUUAAUUUAGUAUUCGAGUUAGUUAAAAAUAUGAGACAAAAUCUUAAUUAUCUUAUGAUUGAUUGCUCUUGUUAUUUUAAUAGUAUGAUUGAAAUUAGUUCAAUUAUAUUACAAAAUUUAGGACAAAUUCUUCCUUUUAAAUUAGAAUAUUUGAAUUUAGGUCUUGCGGCUAAUGGAAGUGAUUUAGAAGUUUUCUUAAAAAAUUCCCAAGAUACUUAUAUCAAAAAAUUGUUAAUUAGAAAUAAAGUGAAGAGUGCAAAUAAUGAUGAUAUUUUACCCUAUAUAAAAGAAUAUAUAAUGAAAAAGAAAAAAGUUAAAUAUUUAGCUAUUUUAGAAUUAUUUCAUAGAAAAAGUGAAGAUUUGUAUUCUUUGAAAGAUAGAGUAAAGGAAUUUCAAUUACAUGAUAUUCAAGUUCUAUAUUAUUAUGACUUGGUUAUUGAUAUUUAUGAUUUUAUAAAAGAAACUUAUUAG